CUUUUUCUUUAUAGAAUCGUACUCAGUCUUUCUGGGAAUGGGAUUGCCAACGUAACGGAAAUGCGUUUUUUAAAGCAAAUUUUCGAAUGGACAGGAAAUCCUUCAACAUAGUAUGUAAAAUGGUUAAAAGUUUACAAAGAAGAGACACAAAUAUGCGCAAGGCUAUUCCACUGGAAAAAAGAGUGGCGAUCGCAUUGUAUGCCCUAGGAUCUUCUGCAGAAUACCGAAGCAUUGCGAAUUUAUUCGGUGUCGGUAAAUCCACUGUUGGGUUAGUAUUAGUUGAGUUCUGCAAAGAAAUUUGGAGGUUUUUUUGGCCUCUUUAUUUAAAAAACUUCCCAUUAAGCUCCGAAAAGAUAAAUGAGUAUGUAAAAGGUUUCGAAAUUCUUGGCUUUCCACAAUGCCUGGGCGCGAUUGAUGGUUGCCAUAUUGAAAUACACCCUUCUACUGAAGAUGCGAUCGAUUAUCAUAACUAUAAAGGGUGGUACUCAACCGUAUUAUUAGCAUUGGUAGACGCCAGGUGUCGUUUCAUUUACAUAAAUGUUGGAGCUCCAGGUCGUUGCAACGACUCCCAAAUUUAUGAAAAAUCAACCCUCAAGCAACAACUGCAGGAAUGCCGCCUACUCAAAGAUAUGACAAAAAAAAUCUCGAACGUCAACAUUCCUAUUGUUAUUAUCGGUGACUCUGCUUUUAGGUUUUCGGAUUCCCUUAUGAAACCAUACCCAUUUCACCUUUCACAAACCUCCGAACAAAAACGUUUCAAUUAUGUUUUAUCGAAAUCACGGAGGGUGGUCGAGAAUGCGUUCGGUCAGCUAAAAGCUCGUUUCCGCCGCAUUGGCAAAGGUAUCGACAACCAAAUGGGUAAUGCUAAUUUAAUUAUUAAAGCAAGCUGUGCGCUUCAUAACUUUUUAAAUGAAAAUAACGACCAAGUUAACGACAAAUGGAUAACUGCUGCACAAGAACUAGAAAAAAGACGCCAAUGUCCUGAAACUGCAGUAAGUUUCGACUAUAACAGUAAGGCAGAAGAAAUACGCCAAGCACUUUCUUUACACUUUGCUGCUCGUGAUGUUGACGGGGUUGGCGGUGGUGAUAUUUCAAUUGGCACGGAAUCGGUAAUGCAACCGGAUUCAGCUGCAGACGGCAUUAUUGAAGACGCUACCAUGAGUUCCUGAGAUUCGACAGCAUUGGACAUAUCCGACAGAAACGAAAUUUCAGCAUCAAAAUCUGUUUCCGACUCAAUAAAUUGUGAGAUAGAGGAACUUUGGAUGCCGUCACAAUCUGUAAAUAUGUAUGUAUAUAUAUACAUAUGUAUUAUACAACCGCCAAAUGUACAAAUAUCAUUUAUGUUAAUAAAUUCAAUAUGCCCACCUAUAAUGCUGUCUUCCACCAUUUUCUCAACAUUGUAACUUUUAUAACUGCCAAAAAUAGCAUUCAUAUGGGUAUACAGAGGCCAGUCGGAUGGUGAGCCACCUGAUGGGCCUAU